ACUCUCCAACUUCAACACACAAAAAACCCGAAUGACAAUAUAAAUGACUCGACCCGGUCUCUGGUUUCUUAUUUCUUCCCGUCAUUGUUCGAUUUGUAGUUAGAAGUUGUUCAAAAUGGAUCUCGAUGUCAAAAUGGAAGUUGUAGAAGAACAGCUUAACUCGGCGUCGCAUCACGAGAAAUCCGCGGAACUUAGAAGAGCUGAAGACGAAGCCACGCUGGCCCAACUAUCGUUCUCUAACUCAACCAAGCCAAAACGCAAGCGCAAACCUAAGAAAAUCUUCACCGCGGAUGAACCGAUAAAGUCAACGAAGAAGAAAGAAAAAAUCAUAUUAAAGUUCAAGAAGACUCAAUCUGAGCCCACAAUCAAGCAGGCAGUUGCUGAAUCUGGAGGGAAGUGUAAGAGCUGUAAGAAAAAUAAGGAUCCAGUUGACAGACCAUGUCCUCAUGCUGAAGUUAAGUCAGCUGCUAUGAUUAGGGCAGAAGAAGUUCGGUCAAAUCUGGAGCCUCAAUACCCUAGUUUUGCCAAAUCUAUGGUCAGAUCACAUGUUGCUAGUUGUUUUUGGAUGGGGCUUCCAGGACAGUUUUGUAAGUCACACUUACGCUCCAAGGAUGCCAACGUUGUUUUAGAAGAUGAAUGUGGGGAACUAUAUGAGGCAAAAUACUUUGCUGAAAAGACAGGAUUGAGUGCUGGUUGGAGGCAGUUUUCAACUGGCCAUAAUUUGCUUGAGGGAGAUGUUUUGGUCUUCCAAUUAAUUGGACCUCUUAAAUUCAAGGUGUAUAUAAUUAGGGCAAAUGAUUUUUCUGAAGUUGAUGGGGCUCUUGGCCUUCUAAAUUUGGAUGCUCAUACCAAACAAAAUGAAGCAGAUCCGAACUUCGAGAAAAGUAAUUCAGAAAUGAAUGUAGUACCGAAUCAGAUUACAAAGAGGAAACGCCAGAAGUCUCUCUCAUUAGCAGUUGUCCAGAAGAAGAAUAAAAAAACUGGACGGUCGAAAUCAGCUUCUAAUAUUGGACAGCCAGCGGAACAAUCUGAAAAUGAUAGCGAAGAGGUUGGUUCUGAAGUUCUGGAAGGCUUCAAAUUAUCUGCACCUGCUGUUCAGUUUAAAGAUGUCACUAGUUUAGACAAUUUCAACAUCUUUGUGGAUGGAUCACUUAUAGAUUCUGAGCUUUCAGAAGAUAUACGGUGUAAGUACUAUGAGCUUUGCCGCACUCGAAAUGCAUUUCUUCAUGACAGUCUUAUCCAGGGCAUCAACUUUAAGUUGAUUGGCGGAAUUAUUUAUGAAACUGUUAACAUUGCGGAUGCUGUAAGAGCUUGCAACCUUAGUACCUCAAGUGAUGAAUUUGCUAUGUGGGACAAGACUCUGAAAGCCUUUGAACUUCUGGGCAUGAAUGUUAGAUUCUUACGUGCUCGGGUACGUCGGCUUCUGAAUCUUGCUUUUGAAUCAGAAGGUGCCAUAGACACAAGGAGGUAUAUAGAAGCUAAAGCUCAACAAGCUACGGCCGAACAUGAAAUAAGUAAUAUUGAGGCAAGGCUUGAGGAAUUGAAAGGUGCCUGUGAAAAUUUUUGUGCCGAUCUUGAUAUUCUGAAGUCAAAAGCUGAGAUAUAUGAGCUCAAAUUCCAGGAAGUGGUUAAUGCCCCAUGGUGAUAUUAUACUCUAUACCUGAGCGUUAGUUAUUUUUUAUUUUUAUUUGUAUUUUUUUCUUUUAUAUCCUUGUUUAUGCUUUUUGAUUAUGUACCGAUGAGUUGAUGACUGCCCCUUCGUAUUUGAAACACCAAGGAAACCCCUGCUUCGUGUGGUAGGUCUGAUACAGGAUUACUAGGUAGUUGUAUUGUUAGCACAAAUCGCAUGAACCGUUCCGGGGAUUUGUGAUAUAGGGUAUCCUUUUUCAUUCUCAUUGUGUUCUAUCUACUGAUAUGAAUUUUUCCGUGCAAGAUGGCGGCAUUGGUUCCUCAAAAUUUUCACAUGAAAUGAGUGAUCUUGGCUUCAACCAAAAAUAUGAACAUUGUCUCAAGGGGAUAAUCUUCUCACGCAGGUUGGUAGUAGAUUCAUGUAUGAAGCUGAAAUGACAAUUUCCGUGCGCUUUUGAAGAAGAAUCAAGAGCAACCGCCGGUUAGUUGAUUGCUUCUCAUGCUGGGUAUCUAAUAUCUGAAUUCUUGCUUCAAAGUCUAGCAACAGAGAUCACCAAUUUACAUUUGACUUUCGUGGGUAAUUUGAGUGGCAGGGGAAAAAAAAAUCUUUUAAGUGUGAUAGUAUGGGUUUAAGACCCACCGGCGAUAAAUUAAUGGUUGAACUUUUGAUUUAAAGACUAUAAGACUAAUCAUUUAAUUCA